AUGUGCUACGCAACGCUGCAAAUGUACAUUCACCAGUCAGGCGGAUUUGAUCUGUCGAGUUUCCGUAUGUCAAUUAAUCCUGUCAAUGCUCCUCCAUUUUACAUUCCAGGUCUGAAGGUCAGCCGAGGCGGGAUUCGCAGAGAACUGCAAGAGCCCUCGCUGUCGAAAUGGUUCAAGCCGCUUGCAGACGAAUCCCAUCACUUGAUUGACGUUGUAGGCGCUCCGUCUUCGUAG